AUGAAGGCCAUAAAGAUCCCAAAUACUGCUCUUCUUGACGUUUUCGGACGACCAAUUUCAAUAAAUAAUAAAGAUUUUCAUCGAUUAUCUCAUUCAGGUCAUUUGGAUAAAAAUUUAAUCAAUAAUCACAAUGAAUCGAAUAGCAAAGGUUUGAAUCUAACUGGUCCUAAUGUUAAACCAAGUAAUGCUCAUCGAUUAACUGUCAUCGGAGAAACUCCUCUUCAUAUUGCUAUUUUUUAUAAUGAUAUUAAUUCUAUUAAACUUUUGAUUAAACAUGGUUUUGAUGUCAAUCAACGUGUUAUUGGAGAUUUUUAUCCUCCUGGACAAAGUCGAAACAAACAGGAAACAAAAACAGGUCGACAAAGUGCAACAAGACGAUUUUUUCAUCGAAAUGAAACAUCCCAAAAACAAAUCAGUCUAAAAAAUGCGAAUCCUGAAACUAAUGCUUAUUAUGGUGAAUAUCCAUUAGCAUUUGCUGCCGCAUUUGGUUAUAAAGAAAUUUACGAUUAUUUAAUUGAUAAUGGUGCUGAUCCAAAUAUGCAAGAUACAUAUGGAAAUACUGUUUUACAUAUGCUUGUGAUUCGAGAUCGAUCGGAAAUGUUUAAUCAUGCUAUUCGACAUCCAGUACAAAAGGCACUUACAGAUAUUCGUAAUAAUGAAGGAUUAACUCCAUUAACAUUAGCUUCUAAACUUGGUCGAAAAGAACUUUUUCUUCAAUGUUUAGAAUUAUCUCAUGUGUAA